AUGUUCAAGCUGUUCGUCUUCCUCGCCUUCUGCCUGGCUUUGAGCUGCGCCGCCCCAGGAUUGCUGCACUCGUCGCCCAUCCUGACCCACUCGUACCACAGUCUGCCCUCGGUGCGCGUGAUCCAGCCCAUCUGGACCACCUCGCACAGCGUUGUGCAUCCCAUCGGCUACGGGGGAUAUGGACAUGGACAUGGUCAUGGACAUGGCUACGGUUGGAUCUAG